AUGUCCGCUGGUGUCUCAGGAGGGAAGCUUAGCGCUGCGUUACAGCCUUUCACAAAGACACCUUCCCUUUCCAAGACGCCUUCCAAGAAGGAGCCCAAGCCACAGCCGCCUCCGUCGACUGCACUGCGGAUAUCUCCCGCCUCGUCGACCGGCACUCCGGAGACCACUCCUACUGCUACGGCCCGUCCGAGCCAGUCGGCUUCUAGGCCACCGUCCAGACCUCCAUCAAGGCCCCCGUCCGUAAAAUCGCAGGACGGCGGGCAGAAGUUCACGCUGAAGGAUCUGCUCACAACUCCGCUCAGCCGCAAGUCGUCCGCGCGUUCUGUUGGUAGCAGCCGCAAGUCGGACUCAGAUCGUGACGCAAAGUCAACAACUGGAGAAAGCACAAUAAGCCUGCUGAAGAAAUACGGCGUCUGCGAGAAGGUGGCCAUUGGCAAGGGCGCUACGUCUGUGGUCCGCCUUGCGCAUAAGUGGGAUCGUUCGGAGGAAAAGCUCUACGCUGUCAAGGAAUUCCGGAAACGGAGAAAGAACGAGACGGAGAAAGAGUACGUCAAGAAGCUCACUGCCGAGUUCUGCAUCUCGUCAACGCUGCAUCACGUCAACAUCGUCGAGACCGUCGAUCUCGUCCAGGACGAGAAUCAGCACUGGUGCGAAGUCAUGGAGUUCUGCCCAGGCGGAGACCUCUACGCAGCGAUCAAGCGAGGGGGCAUGUCGCCGAGCGAGGUCGAGUGCUGCUUCAAGCAGAUCUUGACCGGCGUGCACUAUCUUCACAGCCAAGGUGUUGCCCAUCGUGACAUCAAGCCUGAGAAUCUGUUCUUCGACACGAAGGGCCACCUGAAGAUUGGUGACUAUGGCGCAUCGACCGUGUACCGACUCCCGUGGGAGACGACGGUACACAUGUCUACUGGGUUGUGUGGCAGUGAACCUUACAUUGCUCCAGAGCAAUUUUUGGGCAAACCCUACGACGCCCGCCUAGUCGAUAUCUGGGCCUGUGGUGUUGUGUAUUACUGUCUCCACUUCCAAGAACUCCCGUGGACGGUCGCCCAGUCAACGGACCAGCUCUUCGCUGCGUAUGUGUCUGCCUGCCAGACGCAGUCGUCAUGCCCGCCAACGAUCAACAACUUGUCGCCGCGCGCGUGUCGGCCUGUCAUCCGGCGGAUGCUGGAGCCCAACCCGAAGCAACGCGCGAUGAUCGACGAGCUCGUCGAGCACUCGUGGGUGAAGAGCAUCGAAGUCUGCCACGCGGUGCCGAAGCCAUCACACGUGCAUGUAAACGCGGCCGCGAUGGCGCAGGCCCAGGUGCAGGUCAUGCCGUGA